AUGACAUCAACCGGAUUAGUUUAUAUGAUGACACCUGCAUUAGCAUGUUUUUAUGGUGGUUUAGUUGAAAAUAAAAAUUUUCUUAAUCAAUUAUUUCUAUCAAUUGUUUGUAUGGCAAUUAUACCUGUUCAAUGGUGUCUAUUUGGUUAUUCAUUUGCUUUUGGUCCAGGAAACUCAGUAUUUGGCUCAUUUGAAUAUUCUUUACAACGUAAAGCUGCUUUUAUUACUGUGUAUGGUGAAAAUAUUGAUAAUAUCGAAACAUCUUCAAUUUCAACAUUUGCACUCGUUGCAUAUCAAUGUUCAUUUGCAAUUUUAACUCCAGCAUUAAUUAGUGGUUCUGUUGUUGGACGAAUGAAACUUAUUCCAUAUAUGAUUUUCAUUUUUCUUUGGACAACAUUAUGCUAUGAUCUUAUGGCGAGAUGGAUUAUUUUUCAUGGAGGUUGGCUUUAUAAAAUGGGUGUUGUGGAUUUUGCUGGCGGUCUUGUUGUUCACUUAUCAAGUGGAAUAUCAGGAGUAGUUGCUGCUAUUAUUCUAGGUUCUCGAGCUCAUUUUGAUCCGGAUGACGAAACUACAAGUCAAACUAAUCAUCCAUUUACUAUUUUGGGCACAGGUCUACUCUGGGUCGGUUGGAUGGGAUUCAACGGAGGUUUUGCUUCAUUAGCUAUUGUUAAUACAAAUGUGAGUGCUGCAUCAAGUAUGACUAUUUGGAUGAUUCUUGAUAUUAUAAUUGGUAAAUCAAGAGGACAAAAUUCUAGUAUUAUUUAUCUGCGAGGUCUUUGUUCGGCUGUUGUGGUUGGGCUUGUUGUAAUAACACCAGCUGCUGGUUUUGUACAGCCAGGUUAUGCACUUUUAAUGGGUUUUAUUGGUGGUUUUAUUGUUUAUUUAUUUCUUGCUGGUAAAAAAAGAUUUUAUCGUGUUGAUGAUACUCUCGAUGUAUUUAGUUGUCAUGGUUUGGGUGGUUUAAUAGGAACAAUUUUAACUGGAUUAUUUUGUCAAAAAGAUGUAAAUAGACAUGUAAAUAAUGGGGCAUUUUAUGGUAAUCCUAUACAACUUUGGUAUCAAUUAAUUGGAAUCUUGGUCACUUGUUCUUAUUCAGCUGUAUGUACAGCAGUUAUUCUAUUAUCAAUGCAUUUUACAAUUGGUAUUCGUAUAGAUCGAGAAGAUCAAGUUCGUGGUUUAGAUAAUCUAACACAUGGUGUUAUUGAACA